AAGGCUGUGAACUACGAUUCCCGUGAGGUAGUGCGCAAUUCCGCCCCGAUCGCGGCGUCUUCGAACGCGCCGCGGCAGCCAUGUUGGACGUGGCCAGCACAGGGGCCGGCACCAGGGGGUUAUCGAAGCAGCUGUCGCGAUGCUGGGUACCCUGGUAUUGAGAACAGCGCCCGAGCCGCGGCUCCUUCUCCGACUGCUCAGGUCCCCGUCGCUCCGCAGCCGUGGAGGUGCCUCUGGCCGAACCGUGACCACCGGGGACCGCGGGGAGCCGCAGUGGCUGAGGGUGGCCGCCGGGGGGCGCCCUGGACCAUUGCCAGCCUUGCUCCCCGGAGGAGGGGCAACCACCGGGGGGCGCCGGGGAAGAUGCGCCAAGACCCAUGGCCUCGCGGCCGCCGCGUGGGAACACCUUCCUAGCCCUGAAGGAACACUGCCAGGACAGGACAGCUGGAAUGAGGUCCCCAACAGAGCCGGCCUCAGCAUGUGGGCUCUGGCCACGGCGCUGAUGGUUCAUUGCUACAGCAAGAGUCCGUCCAACAAGGAUGCAGCCCUGAUGGAAGCUGCCCGGGCCAACAACGUGCAGGAGGUCAGCAGGCUAUUGUCAGAAGGCGCAGAUGUCAAUGCAAGGCACAAACUGGGCUGGACAGCACUCAUGGUGGCUGCCAUCAACCGAAACGACAGUGUGGUGCAGAUUCUGCUUGCUGCGGGGGCUGACCCAAACCUUGGGGAUGAUUUCAGCAGUGUUUACAAGACUGCUAAGGAGCAGGGAAUCCAUUCUUUGGAAGGAUUGGAUUGGCAUUUUCAUGAGAAGGUCCUGACUUGUGGGUGUGGAUGUGGAGGAUUGAGUAGAAGAUACAACCCUCUUACCCAGAAUACAACUACGCAGAUUCACAGGGAAGUCAUAAGCUCAAGAAAGUCUGACACACCUUCAUCACUGGAGCAUAAAGUCAGUGGCAAAGUGUACAGAGUAUUGAAGGAAGGUGAUGGGGGACAGGACGGUGCAAGCUGGCGUGUCACAAACCAGUGGACAAGUGCCCUGGAGUUCAGGAGGUGGCUAGGAAUCCCUGCUGGCGUCCUGGUCACCCGCGAGGAUGACUUCAACAACCGGCUCAACAACCGUGCCAGCUUCAAGGGUUGCACGGCCCUGCACUAUGCCGUCCUUGCUGAUGACUACCGCACUGUCAAGGAGCUGCUUGAUGGAGGAGCCAACCCUUUGCUGAGGAAUGAAAUGGGACAUACAGCCUUGGAUUAUGCCCGGGAAGGGGAGGUGAUGAAGCUUCUAAAGACGGCUGAGACCAAGUACCAGGAGAAGCAGCGAAAGCGUGAGGCUGAGGAGCGGCGCCGCUUCCCCCUGGAGCAGCGACUGAGAGAGCACAUCAUUGGCCAGGAGAGCGCCAUCACCACCGUGGGUGCCGCGAUCCGGAGGAAGGAGAAUGGCUGGUACGAUGAAGAACACCCUCUGGUCUUCCUCUUCUUGGGAUCAUCUGGAAUAGGGAAAACAGAGCUGGCCAAGCAGACAGCCAAGUAUAUGCACAAAGAUGCCAAAAAGGGCUUCAUUCGCCUGGACAUGUCCGAGUUCCAGGAGCGGCAUGAGGUGGCCAAGUUCAUCGGGUCCCCGCCAGGCUACAUCGGCCAUGAGGAGGGUGGCCAGCUGACCAAGAAGUUGAAGCAGUGCCCCAAUGCUGUGGUGCUCUUCGACGAGGUAGACAAGGCCCACCCGGAUGUGCUCACCAUCAUGCUGCAGCUGUUUGAUGAGGGCCGGCUGACGGAUGGAAAGGGGAAGACGAUCGACUGCAAGGACGCCAUCUUCAUCAUGACCUCCAACGUGGCCAGCGAUGAGAUCGCACAGCACGCACUGCAGCUGAGGCAGGAAGCUCUGGAGAUGAGCCGCAGCCGUCUGGCUGAGAACCUCGGGGACGUCCAGAUCAGUGACAAGAUCACCAUCUCAAAGAACUUCAAGGAGAACGUGAUCCGCCCCAUUCUGAAAGCCCACUUCCGGAGGGACGAGUUCCUGGGACGCAUCAAUGAGAUCGUCUAUUUCCUCCCCUUCUGCCACUCGGAGCUCAUCCAGCUCGUCAACAAGGAACUGAACUUCUGGGCCAAGAGAGCCAAGCAGAGGCACAACAUCACACUGCUGUGGGACCGGGAGGUGGCAGACGUGCUGGUCGACGGCUACAACGUGCACUAUGGGGCCCGCUCCAUCAAGCACGAGGUAGAGCGCCGUGUGGUGAACCAGCUGGCGGCAGCCUACGAGCAGGACCUGCUGCCCGGGGGCUGCACUCUGCGCAUCACCGUGGAGGACUCCGACAAGCAGCUGCUCAAGAGCCCCGACCUGCCCUCAGCCCAGGCGGAGAAGCGGCUGCCCAAGCUGCGGCUGGAGCUCAUCGACAAAGACAGCAAAACCCACAGACUGGACAUCCGGGCCCCACUCCACCCUGAGAAGGUGUGCCACACCCUCUAGCACCUCCCACCUGCCCUCCACAUCCAAUAAAGGCCCCACUGUGGCUUGGCACCCAGCCCGCCUCCCCUCAUGCCUCCCUCCGCCCGAAGCAGUGUGGGCCCAUAAGCUGCUAGCAUGGCUCCCCGAGAGGAGCCACCUUCCCAGCCCGUUACGGCUGGGAGCGGAGAGCUCUGCCUCUUCACAGCAUCCUCUCCCCACCCUGACCCGGCAAGCUCAGGAGUAUGGCAGCUAAGGACGGAUCUGGCUGGAAGCAAAGGGACCAGGCUGUGAUGUGCCACCCUCCAGUGGCCUCGCACAGCGCAAUCCCCACAGCAGCCCCCAGGCAUGGGGGAGGGGUGCAAGGCUCAGGCCCAGACCCAGUUUAGGCUGUAGCUACCACUGUGCUCUAAGGGGAAGCAUCCUUUCUGCUACCCACCAUUCGCAGCCGUGUCCUGGGAUCAGCCUGGGCCACGUAAGGCACUUCUAGGAGGGGCCUCCUCCAGCACGCAGACAGCAGAGUCGCUGGGAAGCCGCAGCAGGCAAGAUCGGAAGGCAGGCUCUCCCCCAGGGAGCCUGCCCAAGCCCUGUCUGUACUGCCUACCCAGCCGAGUUGGGACAGGAACUCUAUUCAGCCUGCAUGUUAGUCACUAAGCGGAACGUUUGGAUACAAUGCCCCAAGUGCACCCAUCUGAGCUUAGCAGGGCACAGCAAAGUCUGGUGCCUCCAUGGACAGCCCCAGCUGUAGCCACCACAGGUGGCCACUCCAGGCCUCGCUUGGCCCAUCUCCAGGGCAGAGAUGAAGACCGCUGGGUGAUGGAAGGAGGUCCAGCAGGGGCCCGGCCCCGGGGCUGUCAGCCGCUGCCUCCCUCCUUGACUGCCGUGCUCGUGGUGGGCGCUGCUGUUCUGUCACACACAGAGAACGGCAGAGUUCCCACGCGCCAUCUACCCAAUUUCUCCUAUUAGUAACAACUUUACAAACCACACUGUAAUUAUCAAAACUCAGGAAGUCACACGGAGGCAGUACUACUCACCCGUCUACAGAUACUCUGGGUUUCCUAUGGGCUCCAGUGCAGGCCACGUUCCUGUCAUCCCCAUCAGCCUGUGGCAGCUCCUCUUUGUCUCUCGUGACCUUGACACUCCUCCAGACUGCUCAUCUGUGAAUGGCUCUUGGUUUGGGUGCGCCUCCUGUUUUCACGAUUGGAAGAAGGUCUGCAUUUUUGCAGGCUGACAUGUUAGUGAUGCUGAGGCCUUUUGCUGCCUCCCACAGACAUGGUGUCUCACCAUCCCAAGGAUAAGGAGGUGUGUCCCGUUUUCUCCACUGUAAAAUGUUUCCUUUGACAUUAAUAAAAAUCUCCCAGUCAGAUACUUUGA